AUGUGUGCACUUGGAUGGCCGACUGACUUGGUUUUCACUCAAUAUGCUGCACUUGUCGUCUCUUACACUCUGUCCAUAAGUAUGGGCUUGGCAAUUCUUUGUGGAAGGAAGAAGGGUGACACUCAUGCAACUAAGAAGAGCAGCGCUGCGGAGUCGGAAAGCUCAACUUCUUCAUCAUCUAUCAUUGUUAAACCUCCUGAGAAGAAGCACAAGAAAGCUUCCAAAGAAGGCAAAUCCAAGGAGGGCAAGGCUCAAACACCCAGCUCUAAGAGAAGAACAGGGGAAUCUGUGAGGAAAGGAGUCCGCGCACCUGGGAAAGCACCUGUUCCUGCUCCUGCUCCUGCUCCUGCUCCUGUUCCAGUACCACUACCACUACCGCAAACACUAUCACAGUUCCAAAGAGCGGAAUCGCUGAAAUCACUGCCUCCAAUGAAAUCUAUAGCUCCGAUGCCUUUACAGUCAGCAGCAAGGACUCUACAGCUCCAAAGUGCAAUCAGUGAUGAUGUAUCAAAAGCGAGGCCGCUUUCAUUAUCACAAAUGAGCACGCUAAAGGAAACAGCGCCAGGAAGUGACGGUGCCUAUGAAGACGUGAAUAUAGUGGUGGAACCAGAGCUGGCACCAGGAGGAGAGAAACUGGUAGAAGCAAAAGCACCACCUGAACCAGGGAUGGAAGACGAGGGUCUGAAAACAGUAAAGCCGGAAGCAACGCGCGAUGUUCCACCAACUGGAGAUGCUUCAAAGACAACGCUUACUGUGGAUCCUCCGGUGUCUACAUUUCCAACAACUGGCGGUCGCCUAUAUCAUACUCUCAAAAACCCUCGCGGAACCAGAAUGGUGUUCAAAAUCAAAUGUUCGAACAACAACGAUUACGGCAUCAAUCCUGUCUACGGCUUCGUUGAAGCAAAUGGUACGGUUCCGAUAAACAUCACACGCCUACCAGGACCACCAAAGGAAGACAGAAUGGUGAUUCAAUUCGUGGAGACGACGGAAGCACUUUCAGUCGGGGCAGAAGCGGCAUUCAAAUUGGCCUCGCCUUGGGCGUACGUAUCGACAACAGUACCUCUGAGGGUUGUUGCUGGCUUACCACCGAUGGCACCGACAGCUGGAGCGAAGCCACCACCGCCUGCGCCUGCAGCAGCUCCAAAACCUCCACCACCUCCACCGCCACCAGCAUCGAAGCCUGCAUCUCGAAUACCGCCUGUACCAGUACCUCUUUCACCUAGACCAGUUGUACCCGUAGCAGCAGCGCCAACAAAACUUCCUCCUCCUCCUCCCAAACCAGCUCUUCCCCCUCCAAUUCCGACGCCAAAACCAACAGCAAUAUCCGCACCCAAAGUGGCUGCCGCUUCUCCAAAGCCAGUGCCAGUUGCUACCAAAGUGCCUAUCGCUACACCUCCACCACCUCCAAAAGCAUUGUCUCCUACUCCAGCCAAGCCUAUUAUUCCUGCCCGUCCCUCACUUGUGCCACCUCUAGCUGCUCCCAAACCCGGUGCUCCAUUAGCUCUACCUGGAACAGGACUCUCGUACUUCGCAGCACCCGGCCAAACUCCUGUCAUUCCCGGACUCCCAAGCCCUACCGCUCCACCACCUGCUGGAGUGCCACCUGCUUUCGCCGGUGCAAAAGGACUUCCAGUGGCCAGUGUUUACGUUACACAACAAAGGAAGUGA